CCUUGGGUCUUGGAGAGAAUAAAUUGCAACACCUGCCCAGAUGUAGCUGAAGAUCUUCACAGCUGUGGGGCAUCCAGACAUCUCCUCAGCCUGCAAAAAUUUACCCAAAAUGAAUGUGAUUCUUCUACUUGGUUUCUUUAAUCUGCUGUUCUUCGCAACUGCCCAAGGACUCCUUUGUAAUCAAUGUCGUUCUGGAAAUAACUGUGGCCGUGAAGAACCAUGCACAGCAAAGCGUGGGAAAUGUUUCACAAAAACUGUCUAUGAAGCUCCUAAAGGUAAAAAACUACUUUGGAAUUCGUAUGGAUGUGUUACUUCAUUGAAUGAAUAUGAGUGUGACACGUUGAUAAUGAGCGUUGGAUUAAUUUUUAUUACCACUUGCUGCAGCUCUGACAAAUGCAAUGGACAUCGUGCUCCUUUCCCUCCACCUAACUGCACCAGGGGUGUGUGAGAUGGCAACGGAUGUCCGAACAUUUUCUCUUCCUCUACUCUUAGCUUAUCCAAUCCACUGUCCAGCCAGAGAAUCUGGACUUCUUUGAGCAAGCUCAUCAUUUAAGAGUCUGUACCUGAUCUUCUCAUGUGUUCAUCUGGUUUG